AUUAUUUAGAUUUUAUUGUCAACGAAAAUAUCAAAUUCAAAAUUGUAUUGUUUUUUUGUGACAAGAUGUCACAACCACCGCAACGGCGCAAUCUGCAAUAUCGAUGGACGGGCGAAGGCAGCCGCAAUCCCCAGGAUGUGGAGCAGCAAGAAGAAGUUAUAAUUCUAAUCACUCCGGAAAUGAUGCAAGCGUUUAUCCGACAUGUCUACAUCAUUGCCUUAGUGUUUGUUAUGUUCUCUGCCAUAACGUGGAUAGUUGCCUCAGGGACCCGGUUCAGUGUGACCCAGGCGUGGCCAGUGCCCGCUUAUGUGUGGAUCAUCUGCGCCUUCGUCUGCAUGUCGAUACUCUGCUGUUGUCCCAUGACUCGCUUUAUCUUCCCCAUCAACUGGAUUCUCACGGUGCUGUUGGUUUUUUUUAUAACGCUCUACGGAAUGUACUUGGAGGAGUCUGUGCCUUUUUCCGUUUUGCUGGCAUCCUUGGCUAUUGCUUUCGUACUGAUGAUAUUGUUGCACGUAUGUGGCGCCUGUUGUCCACAAGUGUUCUUGCCCAAUCUCAUUUGUACGGGAUGCACUAUGCUGCUGGGAUUCGUGGUACUUUUUGUACUCGGCAUUAUCUACUUGGUCAACAAGAGGCUGGACAUUCUCCUGGGGUUCUGCGUGCUACUUUUAAUCAUGGUAAUCGUAUUGGUUCCCUUUCAUGCCCAGCUCAUCCACGGACGAUUCGAGUUCGUUCCAAUUAAAGAUGCUCUCGGCUGUGCGGAAAACUUCUACGUCCAUUUCGUUCUCCUACUGUAUUGCUUGUGCUACUUCUAUGCAUAUGACAAAUAUCAUAAAUCUAAGACUACGACCUUACCAACGAAUAGCACUGCCUCGCGGUAAUUAAACCAAAAGAGUAACGAAAUUAUCAACAGUUUUAGUUUGUGUUAUUUGUCAAUUAACUAUGACUGUUU